AGAGUUACUUUUCAACAUACUCCACAGGAAGAGAAGACAGUCCUGCCUUCCCCCAGUAGUCAACAGCACGUACUCUGUAAAAGCCGGAGACUGAGCUUCCUGCAAAUGAACAGAUUACGUGGGGACAGGAUCAACAAAGACACAGAACAAGAAGCAUGCAGCCCGACUGAAAACCUCUUGUUCAACUCAGGAAGCAGCCAUCACUUGCUCCAAAGCCUGUUUUCGUGAGCCAGCCUGUCCUUCCUUCAAUGAGCGUGCUGUGUGUGAGAGGGAGAGAGGCAGACAAAGCAUCAACAGCUUCCUGUGCUGAGGAACACAUACAUGAAGUAGACACUGAGACAAUGGAAAGAGUUGAGGCUACCAGGAUGGAAAACACCACGUCUUCUGGUUUUCUCUUGGAAAGAAAGACUCAUGUCAAGAUUAGUAGGAAAGAAAUCUUGCUGACUAGGAUGAAGAAGAGCUGCUCCUUCACCCCAAAGAAGCUGAAGAACUUUGUCAUGGACUUCUUCCCUGUAUUACGAUGGCUUCCCAAGUACCAGUGCAAAGAGUACAUUUGGGGGGAUGUUAUGUCUGGUUUAGUGAUUGGAAUCAUUUUGGUGCCCCAAGCAAUCGCAUACUCACUCCUAGCAGGUCUAAAGCCCAUUUAUAGUCUUUACACAUCAUUCUUUGCCAACAUCAUCUAUUUCCUAAUGGGCACAUCCCGUCAUGUCUCAGUUGGCAUUUUCAGCUUGAUAUGCUUAAUGGUAGGACAAGUGGUGGACCGAGAACUUCUCUUGGCUGGGUUUGACUUGAAUGAUGAUGUAUCCUCAGCCUCAGGUGAUGGCUCUCUGCAGAAUGACAGUCAGUUCAACACAACUACCUUCAACUUUACAAUUCCAGGGAUGAACACUGAGUGUGGGAAAGAAUGCUACGCCAUUGGCAUUGCUACAGCCUUGACAUUUGUGGCCGGAGUGUACCAGGUCCUCAUGGGAAUCUUUCGUCUGGGUUUUGUAUCUAUGUACUUAUCCGAGUCUGUACUAGAUGGCUUUGCAACUGGUGCUUCCUUAACCAUCUUAACAGCUCAAGUGAAGUAUCUGAUUGGAAUAAAAAUCCCACGUAGCCAAGGCCAUGGGAUGCUUGUAAUUACCUGGAUUAAUAUUUUCCGGAAUAUUUCUCAGGCUAACCUUUGUGAUGUCAUCACAAGUGCCAUCUGUAUUGUUGUGUUGGUCACUGCUAAGGAACUGGGAGAUCGGUACAAGCACAAACUGAAAUUCCCUCUUCCCACGGAGCUGGUAGUUAUCGUUGUGGCAACACUGGUGUCACACUACGGGAAUUUAAAUGAAGUCUACGCAUCCAGUGUUUCUGGAGCUAUUCCAACAGGAUUUAUUUCCCCCAAGGUACCAUCUUUCAACCUAAUGCUUCGAGUUGCUGUAGAUGCUUUGCCUCUUGCCAUAGUCAGCUUCGUCUUCACCGUAUCCCUGUCUGAAAUGUGUGCAAAGAAAUAUGCUUACACCACCCGAGCCAAUCAGGAAAUGUUUGCUGUCGGGUUCUGCAACAUCAUUCCUUCUUUCUUCCACUCUUUUGCUACCAGUGCAGCUCUGGCAAAGACACUUGUCAAAACAUCUACUGGCUGCCAGACUCAAGUUUCUGGAGUCAUUAGUGCACUGGUGGUUUUGCUGGUGCUGCUCUUCUUGGCACCUCUCUUCUACUCCUUGCAGAAGUCUGUCCUGGCUUGUAUCAUCAUUGUCAGCCUCCGAGGAGCCCUGAGGAAGUUCCGAGAUGUGCCAGCACGGUACCAUGUAAAUAAGGUGGACACUCUUGUUUGGGUCAUCACCGUGUCUGCCUCUGCUUUGAUCAGCACAGAAAUAGGGCUGUUGGUUGGCAUUGUUUUCUCCAUGUUAUGCAUCAUUGUUCGGACACAGCGGCCAAGGGCAGUCCUGCUUGGUCAGAUCCAAAACACCAGCUUUUACGAGGAUGACUAUGAAUACGAAAAUCUUUCCUCUGUUCCAAAGGUCAAAAUAUUCCGUUUUGAGGCCCCAGUUUACUAUGCAAACAGCAACUACUUCCUCAAGUCUCUGCACAGAUUGACUAACUUAGAUCCUAACCUAGAAGCUGCCAGAAGGAAGAAAUAUAACAAGGAAAAGCAGCAUCCUAAAAAGGGAGAUCACACAACUGCUAAUGGACUUGGCAUCAGAGAAACCACUCUGCAACUAGUUCCUAAGCAAAUUGAUUUCCAAGCCCUUGUUCUAGAUUGCUCCUCCAUCUCAUUUUUGGACACCACCGGAGUUAAUACUCUAAAGGAAGUCCUGAAAGGCUACAAGGACUUCAACAUUUCUGUCCUCCUGGCUUGCUGCAAUCCCUCAGUAAUAGACUCUCUGAAAAGAGGAGGUUACUUUGGGAAAGAUUUUGGAAGUAUGAAAGAAAUGCUCUUCUACAGUAUACACAACGCUGUGCAGUUUGCAAAAGACCAAAAGCUUUCAGAAGAUUGCUCGGUUUAACCCCGUGCCUUCCUUGACAAUUCCCUACAAAAAAUGACAGAUGAGGAAGAACACUUUGUAAUAAUUAAAUUAUCAGACACGUUGCUGGCUGUGUACAGCAACUGGCCUACGAGCCAUUCUCCUCUGUAGAGUUCUGCUGGUUGUCAGAUGCCACAUAAAACAGCCACUGGGGAUAUAGACCAGGACCAGAAGCAGGUUAGGUUAUUACUUGCACCUUUGCUACAAAGCACAGGUGAUGUGCAAUAGGGAUGUUUGAGAUUGACUUUCACCUUGUGUGACCCAACAUGUAUAUCAUGAAACUGUUGUGCUGGAAAGCUGGCCCAGUGUCAGCUUACUCUCCACUGUCUUAAUGGUUUCUUUGUGUUAAUAAGGAUAAACCAUCCCUGUGAAAACCCCUUGGUCAUAUAAUUGUUUAACUUCUAGCUUGCAAGGCCCAUCCCCUUCCAUCAUUCUAAGUGUGCUUCCAAACAACUCCCACUAUUUGUAGGAUUAAAACAUUGUGGAAUGCAGCAGGUCUCUCUGCCUCUCCCACAAGAGAAGGAGCCAUGAUCCAUCAGUUUUGCCUCAAAACCACCAUUUCCAAAAAUUACUGCAGAAGGCACCUGUGUUACUGGCUCUGAUCUGUGCUAAUUAGUUACUGGAGGCUACAAUACCCUUCAUCAAGCUGGAACAAAUAUAGCUCUGAUGCAAUUUUGUAACUAGUAAUGAGAUAAACAGGAUCAAGAAAAAUGAAUAAGCUUUAACUGGCAUUGACGUAGUCACCCAGCUGCCAUAUCACCCUGGAAAAAAAGGGUGCCCAUUAUGGGCAGAUGCAAGUCCAGUUUGGGGACACAAAAGAACCAUCAAACAUAAAACCUCAGAACUGUGAUACAGCACAGCAUGUUUCUCCUACAACUGCCCACCUGGGUGUGAGGAGAAAGAGGAUAAGAGAGGGUAAGAGUGGGAAGGAGUGGUCUGCCCAGAAAGUGACUAAUAGGUCAAGCAGAAUUGCCUGUCUGGUCAUCUCUGAUGCAAUGCUAAUGAAGCUUUAAAGUACCUGGGCCAAGUAAAGUGAGAAUAUAUCCCUUUAUGUGAGAAAAAUCCCAUAGCACAGAUGGUUUGCAUCUGGGGGUUGUUCUCUCCUAUCACAUUAUUCUUCAAUUUGAGGUCCUCUAAACUACAUUUUACAGGGUUGGGUUCCAUCAACUGAGGUUCAUUCUGCUUCACGUCUAAUGACACUUCCAGAGUCACUUGUAUUGCAAUAUAUGCAUAUUCUCUCUUUACAAAGAAGCAUAGACUUAGACUUUGAUAAUAACAUCAUUAGUACUCAGCACUGAUAGUAAACCCUCUCUCAAACUCAGUCGUGUAAUUACCUGCAUGAAAACAGACAGCUGCCCCUUUUCUCCUUACUCAUAGCUGGUUCACACACAGCAUGCAAGGAAAUCCUAACACAGUUGUGCCUCUUAUAAUAACAAGAAUCUAGAAACAGGUUUGAUGCAUGCAGAAGAAAAUUCUUUGCCAUGCCAUUUAUUUUUUAUUUUAAUACCAAGAAAAUAUCGGGUCAACACAUCAUGUGACUUGCUUAUUUCAACUUUUCAGGUGACUGAGGUUCUCCAGGUGCCCCAAAGCCAGUCUGGCUCUCAGGAACAAACAUUUGUUGUCAGGUGAAAAGCGGCGCAAGACGAGAUUUUAAAAACGUCUUCACAGGGAUUGAGAGUAGCACAAUUUUAGGAAAGUGAUUCAAUGCCAACAUCACAAAAAAAAAGGGUAUUGGCUGCCCACCAUCAGUACUGCCACAGCAGUAAAAACUGUCAGGAAUGUCUGUCCAGAGGAGUUAAAGGAGUCACCACUGACAGCAUUUUCCUGCAUAACUCAAUUUAAUUGUGAUCGAACAAGGCCAAGUGCAGGGUCCUCACUUUGGCCACAACAACCCCAAGCAGUGCUACAGGCUGGGGACAGAGUGGCUGGAGAGCAGCCAGGAAGAAAGGGACCGGUGGGUACUGGUAGAUAGUAGGCUCAACAUGAGCCAGCAGUGUGCCCAGGUGGCCAAGAAAGCCAAUGGCAUCCUAGCCUGGAUCAGGAAGAGUGUGGCCAGUAGGACAAGGGAGGUUAUUCUUCCCCUGUACUCAGCACUGGUCACACCACAUCUUGACUCCUGUACCCAGUUCUGGGCCCCUCAAUUCAAGAGAGAUGUUAAGAUACUGGAACAUGUCCAGAGAAGGGCAACAAAUCUGGUGAGGGUCCUGGGACACAUCCCUGUGAGGAGAGGCUGAGGGAGCUGGGGGUGUUUAGCCUGCAGAAGAGGAGGCUCAGGGGUGACCUCAUUGGUGUCUACAACUACCUGAAGGGAGGUUGUAGCCAGGUGAGGUUGGGCUCUUCUGCCAGGCAACUAGAAACAGAACAAGGAGACACAAUCUCAAGUUGUGCUGGGAGAGGGAUAGGCUGGAUGUUUGGAGGAAGUUCUUCACAGAGAGAGUGAUUGGCAUUGGAAUGGGCUGCCCCGGGAAGGAAAAAAUGCAAAACACACCUUUAAAGGAAUCUCGUUUUGAAAUACAUAAAUAAAUGUUUCAAUAGAAAAUGUAUCUUUGCAACAGCCUCUGGAAAAAAAUGAAGAGAAGACGACCUUCUCUUAACCAGUAGGCUGAGAAAUUAAAAGUCAGAGGUCUCUUUUUUAUCAUACUGUAAGAAUGGCAGCAAAGGAUGCCUAAAAAGAUGGGGUAGGCUUUAAUACUCAUACUAGAAAGAAACUGUUGACCAGAAGAAACCAUGAGAACAAUUUCCUCUUUCAGUUUUCAUUGCAGAGUUGGCUCACAAUCAAGCUAUGUCAGACUAGGUCAACACAAGCAGGGAUGUGGGACAUGUAGGGAUGCUGGGAGACUGCAAAUUAUUUCUAAGGAGCAUGUAAAAAAUAACUGAAAAAGCAAAUUCUUUUCUGGUACAUUUAUGUUUGCUUCUCUGUGUUACACCAAGAUUAACACUCUGAAUAUUUACAAUGUUAAAAAAUGCUCAUUCUCUUCUAUUUUUCCAGGGAUUUGGUACUGUGACUUAGAGAGGAGCUGAGAGUGGACUUGUAAUUCGAACUAGCUUAAUACUAAUGUUGAUAUGAAAUCAUGAUAAGCCUUUUAGGAAGUAUUAUAUCCAUCAUGUAGAUUGAUUGUGUUUCUGUUCACUUUGGUGCCUUGUAUAAAUCAUAUAUCCUUGUAAAAAAUAUGUAUAAGAAUAGGAAAGGGUCCUUCUCUUGUGGCCUGUGUGGGUCCCACUGAGCUGGGCAAAGUGUUGGGAAUCUUCACCUCAAACUCUCCUGCUGACUAGUGCAGCACAGGCAGAAUAUGUGGUCUUGGAGUCAAAAUGGCUGUAUUUAUUGGCACUGCUAACUAACAAGCAGAGUACUGCCUGGUAUAUGAAAAACACCUUCAGUUCCCCCAUAACCACGAAUAUUCCUGUGUCACUUGACCUAGCUAACAAUGAUACAAAUGUGUGUUUUUGGUUGGAAAAUAAAAUUAGCAAUUCUUUGAAAA